AUGAAGAAAAUAUACUGCUAUUGUGCAGUUGCCCUUUUGCUGGUAUGGGUCUUUGCUGCUGAUUACAAUAAUCCAGGCACAAAUCAGCACGUGGAGUCUAAUUCUUUCAACUCACGACAGGGAAUUGGUAGAUUGGGUUCUAUGCCACCAAAAUGUGAGCACAAAUGUGGGGAUUGUAAGCCAUGCAUUGCUGUUAAAGUGCCCACCACACAAAUUGCAAAUUAUCAGCCUGAAGCCUGGGAAUGCUACUGCCAAACAGCCCACAACAAUCCAUGA